AUGGCGUCUUUAGGUUCUGAUAUGCAAGCAACCAGUAAUGAACUGGUGUCUGUUAUCGAGGAGAUGAAAGAGCAACGCGCCGAGAUAGACGAAAGCAUUAGGCGCGAGGAAGAAGAACGGAAUCGCUUGCUUACCGAAAUAAAUGCCCUGCAGGGCCGCCUGACCACGAUAGAGGAUAGUCUUAAGCGCAAAUUUUCUGCGAGGGCUGACCUCGACAAGGUCAUCAACCAUACAUCCGAGGUGUUCGGGGGUAUUCUCGAGGCAUCCAAGGAGCUGCUCUGCAAUGUGCGUGGAGAAUCAGCCAGCCUUCCUCGCGGCAAUACUCGGUAG